CUGCUGGAUAAUCAUCGGUUUAACAGUCUUGUUUGAAAUUGAUGCUGGCAUUGGCAUCUGUCCGCCGGUCGGAAGCUUCGCCACAAGAUUCAUCACGGAGUAUAUAGCAUCAAAUUAUCAUUUGGAUACUACUACGAGAGCAUUGAUAGCAUGCCUCCUCCAUCGGAUCAGAGAGGCGUUGAGUUCCAGGCAGCAGACCAGGUGUCGACGCUGACCAUGCAGGGCUUCUUCACGGGGGCUCUCCGGUUCGGCUCCGCUGGAAUCAUAGGCCAUAUGAUCCUCAUGCUCCCUCACCCCUUCACCUUCCCCAGAACUUCUGCGCCCGUCGAAACCGGCACUGGAAAGCGUCCGUCUUUUUUCUCGCGCGAACAUCUCAAGUCCACAUUCUUCUACCGACCGCUUGAGGGUUUCUCGGACUGGAUAUCGCCCACGUCCCGGGUGUAUCGCACUCUGACGCCGCAGUUCAAGGUCUUCAUCCAGAUCGCAAUCAUGACGCUGGGGGGUUGCAUUUGGGCAGAGAAACGGUACAAUGAGUACAUCAAGCUGAUUAGGAGGAUGAAGCGGAUUGAACGGGCGCAAGCGCGAAAUUGGACGGAUUCAUCGGAGUAGCAAUUGUCAUUCUGUACAUUGAUAUGAUUUCAUAUGGACAAGUCACAUUGCGUAAACGGCAAGCAGCCGGCUAAAGGCUAAGAGAAAAUCCUCAGCCACUCCGUCCCGGAGAUUAGCAGGGGAGAUCGAGAACAGGCCAAUGGGCGAGGAAGAAUAUAUUGCAGAUACGUCAUGAACAGGUGGAAGGGGAGGGAAUUAGGAAAAAGGGUCCUGGUGAAGAGAGAGCAGAGAGAGAGGGAGAGAUAGAGAGGCUGGAUAUAUCAGACGUCAAGCCUGUCGAUGCUGG